AUGGGGGAACCGAGUCCCUCGGUGGAGCCGGUAACGGAGGGUGUGGAUCCGGCCGCACUUCCCGGCGCCGGAAACCCGGCUCAGGCAAACAUCCCGGCCGGAGCCGGGGCUCUUCCUGGUGCCGCCGUGUCGCUGGUGGGAGCCCAGGUCACCUACGAGACCAAAGAAGUGCCUGAGAACGAGCGUGACCGCCGAGAUUCCCUGUGCCGCCUACGAGUUCGGCUUGAAGAACCCCCGCAUCGAGUGGAAGUUCCAGAAGGGAUCCUCGCUUGUGCUCUUCUACUAUGGGGGGAACUGACGGAGCCCUACAAGGACCGGAUCCGUUUCUCCCCCAACGCCAUCGCCUUCGUCACGGUGACGCGGGCGGACACCGGGAAGUACAUCUGCGAGGUGGUGGGGGACGGCAGCAAGAUCGCCAAGUCCGAGGUGAACCUCAUUGUCCAAGUGCCGCCCUCCAAGCCCGUGGCCCACGUCCCCACCUCGGCCACCAUCGGCAGCAGGAUCGUGCUGCGCUGCACCGAGACGGACGGCUCGCCCCCCCCCACCUUCCGCUGGUACAAGGACGGGAUGCUGCUCCCCACCGAUCCCAAAUCCAGCCCCAGCUUCCGCAAUUCCUCCUACACCCUGGACACCGCCACGGGCGAGCUGGUCUUCCAGCCCCUCGGCAGCUCCGACAGCGGUGCCUACUCCUGCGAGGCCAGCAACAACGUAGGAUCCGCGCAGAGAUCCGAUGCUAUCCGUAUGGAAGCCAGUGAGGUCAACGUCGGCGGCAUCGUGGCCGCUGUCGUGGUGCUGCUGAUGGUGCUGGCACUCGUGGCCUUCGGCGUCUGGUUUGCCUACAGACGGGGCUUCUUCAGCAGUGAGUCCUGGGCCCUAGAGAAAAGAGGGGGGAUCUGUUCCCUGCCCCAUCGCCCCCUUCCCUUCUCUUCCUGCAGCGGCACCGGCAAGAAGGUGAUUUACAGCCAACCCUCGCACCGCAGCCAGGGAGAGUUCAAGCAGACAUCGUCCUUCCUGGUGUGACCCCCCCCCCGCUGCGGUCGUCCCGGUGUCCCCAGUGUCCCCAGUGCCC